AAUCGCUCCUCUCUUCUUCUCUCUCAUUGGACUCAUGCUGGAGAUCUGAGCAGAGAUCUCUUCUCAUCUUCGAUUUUCUCUCAUCCGCUCUUGAUUUCAUUACGCCAUGGGAACUAAGGCGAUCAGCCUCGAAGGAAUCAGAAAUGAAACAGUUGAUCUGGAAAAGGUUCCUAUUGAGGAAGUGUUCGAACAGCUGAAAUGUUCGAGGGAGGGUUUGUCUACAGAGGAAGGAAACAACCGGCUGGAAAUCUUUGGGCCAAACAAGUUGGAAGAGAAGAAGGAGAGCAAGUUUCUAAAGUUUCUUGGGUUCAUGUGGAAUCCACUUUCAUGGGUGAUGGAAGCUGCAGCUAUCAUGGCUAUUGCUCUGGCUAAUGGUGGUGGGAAGCCCCCGGAUUGGCAAGAUUUCAUUGGAAUCAUUUGCUUGCUAGUGAUUAACUCUACCAUCAGUUACAUUGAAGAAAACAAUGCUGGUAAUGCAGCUGCAGCUCUCAUGGCUAAUCUUGCUCCAAAGACUAAGGUACUAAGGGAUGGACGAUGGAGCGAACAGGAAGCUGCGAUACUGGUGCCAGGUGACAUCGUUAGCAUUAAAUUAGGAGACAUCGUUCCUGCUGAUGCCCGUCUCCUUGAGGGAGAUCCUUUAAAGAUAGACCAGUCUGCACUUACAGGAGAAUCACUGCCAGUCACAAAGAACCCGUAUGAUGAAGUUUUCUCAGGUUCUACUUGCAAACAAGGUGAACUUGAGGCAAUUGUUAUUGCUACUGGAGUUCAUACUUUCUUCGGUAAAGCUGCACAUCUUGUGGACAGCACCAACCAAGUCGGGCAUUUCCAGAAGGUUCUGACAUCAAUUGGAAACUUCUGUAUCAUUUCCAUUGCCAUUGGUAUGGCUAUAGAGAUCCUUGUCAUGUAUCCCAUCCAGCAUAGGGCGUAUAGAGACGGAAUUGACAAUUUACUGGUUCUCUUGAUUGGUGGUAUUCCAAUUGCUAUGCCUACUGUGUUAUCAGUGACAAUGGCUAUCGGUUCCCACAAGCUAUCACAGCAAGGUGCCAUUACCAAGAGAAUGACUGCUAUUGAAGAGAUGGCUGGCAUGGACGUACUUUGCAGUGACAAGACAGGAACAUUGACGCUCAACAAACUUAGCGUUGACAAAAACUUGAUUGAGUGUUUCACUAAAGGAAUUGACAAAGAUCUUGUUAUAUUGCUUGCUGCAAGGGCAUCUAGGACUGAAAACCAAGAUGCAAUUGAUGCUGCCAUUGUUGGUAUGCUUGGUGAUCCAAAAGAGGCAAGAGCUGGUGUCAGAGAGGUGCAUUUCCUUCCAUUCAAUCCCGUGGACAAGAGAACUGCCUUGACUUAUAUUGAUGCUGAUGGUAACUGGCAUCGUGCUAGCAAAGGUGCCCCAGAACAGAUCUUAACCCUUUGCAAUGCCAAGGAAGAUGUGAAGAAGAAGGUCCAUAGCAUUAUUGAUAAGUUUGCUGACCGUGGGUUGCGUUCUUUGGGUGUUGCAAGACAGGUAGUUCCAGAGAAAUCAAAAGACAGUGCAGGUGGUCCAUGGCAAUUUGCUGGACUCUUGCCACUCUUUGAUCCUCCUAGGCAUGAUAGUGCUGAAACCAUCCGAAGAGCUCUAAAUCUUGGUGUAAAUGUCAAGAUGAUAACAGGUGAUCAACUUGCUAUUGCCAAGGAGACUGGACGUAGACUUGGAAUGGGAACAAACAUGUAUCCAUCUGCCACUCUACUUGGUCAAGAUAAGGAUUCAAGCAUUGCUUCCCUUCCUGUUGAAGAGUUGAUUGAGAAAGCCGAUGGUUUUGCUGGAGUCUUCCCUGAGCACAAGUAUGAAAUUGUGAAGAAGUUGCAAGAAAGGAAGCACAUCUGUGGAAUGACAGGCGAUGGUGUUAAUGAUGCACCAGCUCUCAAAAAGGCAGAUAUCGGUAUUGCGGUUGCUGAUGCCACUGAUGCAGCCAGGAGUGCUUCCGACAUUGUGCUGACUGAACCAGGUCUAAGUGUCAUCAUCAGUGCGGUGUUGACCAGCAGAGCUAUUUUCCAGAGGAUGAAGAACUACACAAUAUAUGCAGUCUCUAUCACUAUUCGUAUUGUGUUUGGCUUCAUGUUUAUUGCUUUAAUAUGGAGGUUCGACUUUGCUCCCUUCAUGGUUUUGAUCAUUGCCAUCCUUAACGACGGAACAAUUAUGACCAUCUCAAAGGAUAGAGUGAAACCAUCUCCAUUGCCAGAUAGCUGGAAGUUGAAAGAGAUUUUCGCCACGGGUGUUGUGCUUGGAGGUUACAUGGCCUUAAUGACUGUUAUAUUCUUCUGGAUAAUGCACGAUACAGAUUUUUUCUCGAAUACAUUUGGGGUGAGGUCUAUCAGGGGACAUAACGAUGAGAUGAUGGCUGCUCUAUACCUUCAAGUCAGUAUUGUGAGUCAGGCUCUGAUUUUUGUGACUCGUUCUCGUAGCUGGUCGUUUUUGGAGCGCCCUGGAUUGUUGUUGCUUGGUGCUUUCAUGGCUGCACAGUUGGUAGCGACAGUUAUUGCGGUUUAUGCACACUGGGAGUUUGCAAGGAUUAAGGGAUGUGGAUGGGGUUGGGCCGGUGUUAUAUGGCUCUACAGUAUUGUCUUUUAUGUGCCGCUUGAUCUGAUGAAGUUUGCCAUUCGUUAUGUCUUAAGUGGAAAGGCAUGGAACAGCAUGAUCGAUAACAGGAUUGCUUUCACCACAAAGAAUGACUAUGGUAAAGAGGAAAGAGAAGCACAAUGGGCACUUGCUCAAAGAACUUUACAUGGGCUUCAACCGCCAGAAGCAUCCAACAUUUUCAACGACAAGAGCAGUUACAGAGAGCUGUCUGAAAUUGCUGAACAGGCCAAGAGGAGAGCUGAAAUUGCAAGACUCCGAGAAUUGAACACGCUGAAGGGACAUGUUGAGUCUGUGGUGAAGCUGAAAGGACUUGAUCUUGACAACAUCCAACAACAUUACACCGUGUGAGGAGGAAAUUGAAUGGAUGAGCUCAAAAGAAGAAUAUAUAUUUAUAUUAUGUAUUUGACUUAGAGAAAUGAACAACCACCCCCCUUUGGCUGAAUUUUAUUUCAGUUACAAACCAAAACCUUUUUCUUUUUUUUUUCUCUUCUCUAGUCUUUUAAAAUUUAUAUUCUUCUCUCAAAUUCUACCACCUCAGUUCAUAGUUCAUGAGGAAUAAUAUGUUUGGCUUUCCAAUGCUUAUGCAAUUGGAAUGAAUCUAUAUACUUUGUUUUCAAA